AUGAGAGAGCAAAUAAUUGUUCUGAUUCGACGAAUCGACGGAAAAAGAGCAAGAAGCCUCCACUCGUCUCGCCAGACGUUAUCUGAUCCGAAAGAGUUCUACAAGACAGCCGGUAGUCGAUGGAUCCGUGCAGUUCGGCAUGGCAACGCGACGACGGUCAAGAAGAUGUUGGAGGAAAAACCGGAAUUAUCGAAUUACGCUCCUAACUACGGUCCAAUGGCGAUUCAUAUGGCUACGGUUCGAUCGGAUCGAUCAAUCAUUUUGUUGUUGAUGGCGAAAGGUGCGGAUGUCGAUGCUAGAGAUGCGGCAGGCUACACGAGUUUUCAGCUGGCAAUUCGACUCGGCAACCAAUCAUUGGCCCACUUUCUGAUCUCGCACGGAAAACCGCUACUUCGUAACAAAGCUCAUUCGUUCGUCGGAUCGUCUCCAUCAUCUGUAUCUGUAAAAAGUUCCGGAUCGCUCCGACCGACUCGACCAUCAUCUACUCCGGAUAACUCGAUGUUGUGUGAAAGUGACAUACAAGAAUUGCAACGAAACAAAAAGCGAAGCUCCUGGAAAUCCUUCUUUGAGAAGACACCGAUUGUGAAGAAGUUUGGGUCAAACUCUAAAUCAUAA